CUGCAGAAGAAAACCGAUUAUGGAGCGUUAAUAAUCAAAGGAACGGCAGCAGUAGUGAUUGCAAUAUCGUUGUCGCUGAUACUGUUAGUAAUUUCUAAUCUGAUUUAUCAGAGUUUUACCAAUCGAACGAUUGUACAUGAAAAGGUACAGUCAUCUUCUUGUUAA